GCCCGCCUUCUCCAGUGGCUGACGAGCCCGCCUCCUCCGCCAAUCUCUCCAGUUAAAGUCAGUGAUCCCGCCUCGCUAGCGUUCUCUCUCUCUCUAGUCAGACGCCGCUCGCACUUUCUUUGCACACACGCUGGUUUCCUGCCCUCCUGCCCGCUCCUUACUGCCCCGAGUCCGUUUACGUCGGCGAUCCGGUCGCACCGUUUCAUGCAUGACUGGAGGAAGGUUCGACUUCGAUGAUGGCGGGAGUUACUGCGGCGGCUGGGAAGACGGCAAAGCCCACGGUCACGGCAUCUGCACGGGGCCGAAGGGCCAGGGCGAGUACAGCGGCUCCUGGGCGCACGGGUUCGAGGUGGUGGGAGUCUACACCUGGCCGAGUGGCAACACCUACCAGGGCUACUGGAGCCAGGGCAAGCGCCACGGGCUGGGGGUAGAGACCAAGGGGCGCUGGUGUUACCGCGGAGAGUGGACCCAUGGCUUCAAGGGCAGGUACGGGCUCCGGCAGAGUCUCAACAGCCCGGCCAGGUACGAGGGCACAUGGAGCAACGGGCUACAGGAUGGAUACGGUGUGGAGACGUAUGGAGAUGGCGGAACGUACCAGGGACAAUGGGCUGGAGGAAUGCGUCACGGAUAUGGUGCACGCCAGAGUGUACCAUUUGGAAUGGCUACAGUCAUCCGUUCACCGCUACGCACCUCGCUAGCGUCUCUUCGAAGUGAACAGAGCAAUGGCACAAUUCUACAUGAUAUAGCUGCUGAUAGUCCAGCUGGGACAAGAGGUGGGUUUGUCCUCACCUUUCACAGUGACACAGAAUUAAUGACUGGCAAGAAAAAGGGCUUUUUCAGAAGAGGAUCGCUCCUGGGAAAUCUAAAGCUCAAAAGGUCUGAGUCCAAGUCAUCUCUGGCCAGCAAACGCAGCUCUGCUCGGAGUGAAGCGUCGAUGAGCAGAAUAAGUUCAGCAAAUAGUGAUGCUAAUUCGACAAUCAGUUUUGGAGAAGGUGAUUCUGAAUAUUUACCAGUAGAAGAUCACGUUGAUGCUACUACAACUGAAUCGUAUAUGGGGGAGUGGAAAAAUGAUAAACGCAGUGGGUUUGGUGUAAGUGAACGUUCAAAUGGUAUGAAGUAUGAGGGAGAAUGGCUGAAUAACCAGAGGAAUGGUUAUGGAUGUACUACCUUUCCCGAUGGCACAAAAGAAGAGGGAAAAUAUAAAAAUAACUUUUUGGUUCGAGGAAAGAAAAAGCACCUUAUACCCAUUAGAACCAGCAAAAUUAAAGAAAAAGUGGAGAGAGCGAUAGAAGGAGCACAUCGAGCCGCGGCAAUUGCCAGAACAAAGGUGGAUAUAGCAGCUUCAAGAACCGCACAUGCAAGGGCCAAAGCUGACGCAGCUGAUGCUGCCGCGCAAGCUGCUCGCCAGGAAUCCGACAUCGCAAGGGGAGUUGCCAGGGAGUUGUCCCCAACCUUCUGCCAGCCAGGUCUCGAUUACAUUAAGCAGAGAAUGCAGGAGGCAAUGGGAUAUACAGAGAAGAAAGAAGAGCCUCCACCUCCAAAGGAAACAAAACCAGCAUCAGCCAAUAACAGUCCCCAUUUCUACAGGAAAGGUACAACACCAUCACAGAGUCCUGAACAAAGUCCUGGCCCAACACCCCCUCCUUCGCCACCAAUAUACAAGAAAACGCCGAAUACCAGUUGGAAUAAGGGCUCCGCCAGCAGUGUAAACAAGGAUUUUUCGAGCGCUUCAUUGAAUAGGCAGCUAUCAAAGAGCUCCGCCAAGCAGAACAGCGAGUGGAUACAGCCAAAGUCAGCAGCUUUCAGUGCUACAGCUGCUGGCAAUGGACAGUUGCACAGCGCCUACCAUAGUUACUUGGUGCGCACAGAUGUCAAACUGCCUCCCGAAGAGCCAGAAGAGCAUGCCAAUCCCACACCAAUGGUACUUGGAAGGCAACCGCCCAUACCAAAACUGACACCUGCAAGGCAGUCGUCUAUAAAGUCUUCUGUCAAAGAGAAAAAAUUGGAGCCAAAAUUGAAGAAACAGUUAUCCGUUGUUGAUCCAGAACCAAAGAAACUGUUGAGAUCUCAAUCAAGUGAUGAUAGUGUGGAAGAAUCAGAAGAAAUGGAAGAGACGAGUCCAAAUACAAUCUUGGUCAUCAUGGUUAUGCUGUUGAAUAUUGGUUUAGCUAUUCUUUUUGUCCAUUUCCUGACUUGACAAGAAUUUGCGAAGCUGUGCCUGAAUGUGAUUCAGCAUAAUUAUUUAAUGAUCUAACUGUUUUGACCCUUCAGUGAAGUCAUGAAAAUUAAGGGUGUUAGCCGUCCGUUCUCUGCAGUUGUUCCAUCAGCCCUAUUACUGACACCAGACAUGCUGAGACACAGGGAAAGAGACUUGAAUUUGGUGUGGUGCUCAAGAAAGAUGAGACUUGGAAAUUAAGUCAGGGGCUGAUGUGUUCCCUGGCGAUGAUUUGUGGCUCUGGAUCCUCUGAAACUGAAGCAAGUGGCCAUGUUGUUGGAAAAAUCUGCUGAACCAGCCUAACCACUGAAGUGUAUGGCUGUUCCAUCUGCUCUUGCAGAGUGUGACUUCACUGGAAAUGUACAGACUGCGCUUAUGUUGAUGGAUGGUAACAGAUGCCUUACUUUUUUACUGUUUUGCCAUGCAGUUGGGAGAAGGAGACGGCUGCCAGAGGAAUGUGGUUGGAAGAUUCUGUGCUGUGAAUGCAAUUUCCAGUGGCUUCUCAUAUCUCGUUAAAAGAAGUACAUUAGCAGCAUCACUCAACCAGUCUUAUUCCAUUACCUGCUGCUCAUAUCAUCUUGUACAGUGUUCGAGACAUUUUGAAAAUAACAGUUCACACACUUUUUUUGCAUGAAAGUUAUACAUUUUCUGUCACUGAUUAAGCUUUUCUUUUUGUCUAAUAUUUAGAGCAUUUAUUUAAAAUCAGAAUGAGUUCCUUUUCUUUGCCUUCAGUGACAUAAUUUGGAGCCUCCAUUCAGUUAAUGAGAUUUUCUGAAGUGUGGUGACCACUAAUACAGAUUAGCAUACGUGUCAACACCAAGAAACCAGAGUUAAGGAUGGGGUUUUCUUUUUGCAUGUGGAUUUUCUUUUUAAAUAAAGGAGUUAAUUUUAUAGUGUUGAAUCCAUUCAGGUAGAGCAUUGUAAUCUGAAUGUUAACGAAGCUGAUGCCUUCACAAGUCUUCAGAAAUGAUCAUGUUUACCUCAAAAGUAUUGGCCUCAAAGGAUUUAUUUGGAAUGUUUGUUGAAUAUCCGUCUUAAUUAUUUUAAUUGACUCUAAUAUAGUCAAUGGUGAUUUCUGUACCAUUUUGCUUUAUCAACCUUCAUGUUAUUUGUAGUGGCAUGUUUAUUUCAAAGGGUUGAGUAUUUGGUGUGGUUGAUUUUAGACUAGAGCACUAGAUUGAUAUUAAUCUCCGAAAAAGUAAGGGCUGCAUAACUUAAAACAGAUUAUAUAUAAUGCGUUGCAGAAAGAUGUACUAUUCUACAGGUACUGAUUUUAAAUGUAACCCGUAUGUUAGUUUGCAUGCUUCCAUGCAAAAUAGUAUCAUUGGGACACAAUUUCAAGAAAUCAGUCCUGUGGAGUUAAAUAGAUGCUACAUAAUUUAUUAUCUGAAAUCGGUUUGAUUUCAGAUCGGUAAUAGAUGGUGUUUUUUGCAGAGGUGUGUUCAAAAUCCUAUGUAUGUGAACAGUGUGAAGUGAAGAAGAGAAGUUGAAAAGGAAAAGAGAAUAAAAGAGAAAUUGUCACCAGUGUGCAUCGAAGCUGACCUUGCUUCAGAUAGAAGUUUAUCUCAGAAUGUGUCUUUGGGUCAGUGCAAAAGUAAUGGAAGUUUUUAUGUAGAAACUUUUUUGUCUGGCACAAAAAUCAAGAGUUGUUGGGAAUGUUUUUUGGAAAUGAAGUUCACUUUAGUAAUUUAAUUUUAAAAAAAGGAAUUUUCUUAUAUUAAAAUCAUGAGCUUUUUUAAGAAGCAUGAGCCAGAAACUGCUGGCAUUUUUCUAAAUGUACACAGCUCUAUUUUAGCAUGGAUCCUUUUGUCUUUUUUUAAAAUAAAUGACAUGCUAUACACAUCUUUAUAUUUAUCAAACAAUGCGCCAAGUGGACAAUUCUUGUGAGUUGUCGAUAAAUUGUUAUAUAUUCUAACAUUUUGAAUGUCUUUUUCUGGUGUUCUGAACCUUGGAAUUAUUUAAUUCUGUUCUUUGUAAACCUAUCAUCCAUUAUUUGUUCUGUGCAGUUUACUUGACUGUAAUUGCUUGAGAAUAAAACUAUUAUUUGUUCCUACAGUCACAUUGUGUGCGCUAGUUAUCUGAAUGACAGCUACUACUCAGAUGUUAGCUUUUUUUGAGAUCUAUUGACCAAUUUUGCACAUGCAGGAAAUAAUAAAAUGAGUUGUUUUAGUAUUGUAUUUCUCCUGAGCAUGGUUAAAUCAAAUAUAUCAUACUUUGUCCAAUUGCUAAAUGGGGACCAAAAGGCACUAAUUUUAUAGUGCAGUCUCCCAGAUCCAAAUGAAUCUCAAUACAUCAUCUCCCAAUUUAAAGUCAAUCUUAUUAAGGCUGACAUGGAAGUCACUUAAAAAUUAGCAAGAAUAGAAUUAUUUUCACAAACAGCUCAUGGGAGGAUGGCAACCUGGAAAAGGCUUCCAUUCUUCUCAUUCACCCAACCAUAACCAGACUUCUCCAAGGGCUGCUGUCAGAAGACAAGCAAUAUAUCAGACCAUUUCAUUUAAGCAGGCUGCCAUAGGUGUUGUGAUAGACACUGGUAGUUCACCCAAGUUAUUAAAAAUACCCCAGAUGAGACAAGUAUUCUGUUGGUUAAAAACCAGACUACAGGAGAAAUUUAGUUUCCACACCAAUAUUGUUGUUAAUGACCUUGGACGGCUAAGGUCUUAAAUUCUAUUGAACUAACAAUUACAUAGUUAGAUCUUUAGUUGUUAAUAAUAAGACUUAAUUGGAAAUAUACCUCCACCGUUUGCUUUGCAAUACAGUAUCUGAUUGUGACUAGUACAGGAAGAAAUUACCAAAACAGAGACAUGUGUAGUUAGAUUUUUGGAAAAGAAAUAAUCAGGCAGAAAAUGCUGCUGUAAUAUGAAAUCCAAGGAAGAGUAAAGAAAAAUCAUUUUGUUUAACCUGAACCACAGCAUCUGCUGAUGUGAUGAAUAGUGUGUUCAUAAUUAUUGUACUAUUACAUGAAGACAAGUUGUACUGAUAAAAAAAAGUGAAUCUAAUCAUAGCUGUUGCUCUGUGUUUACUUAUGGUUAAAUAAAGCAAC